GCCAGUGGGUUCCAAAGACGGCCAUUGCCUCACCCAAACCCUUUUCAGGGGACAAGAGGGGCGAAGACCUCGACACAUGGUUGAGGUCAGUGCCAGUUUAUGUUAAGUGCAAGUUUAACCUUGCCACACGAGAAAGUGCUUGUGGCUGCCUCCUAUCUUGAGGGGAGUGCAGCAAGAUGGUUAAGCGGGUUAGUGCAACUGCAGGGAUACAGACAUGACUUCCGCACUUGGGCAGUCAACCAGAAACUGGAAGACUUCCUCACGAUGGUGGAGGAAAGAUGGCAUGAUCCUCAGGAGGCCCAAAAGGCCACUGAUGCGAUCCUGACUCUGAGCAACAGACCGUUCAAGUCAGUAAGGGAUGCCACAAACGUUGUAGAGCGUUUGAUCUGUGUUCCUGGAGUGCGCUAUGACCCCCAAGUCUUACUGCCAACUUACCUCAGGUAUCUACCCAUGCCACUCCGGAAUCAGUUGGCAGGUGAGGCGAACAUCGAUGUGCACAACUUUCCCUCAUUUAGCAAGAAGGCCCUAGACCUGGAUGCAAAGAUAGGUCACGGGCACCAACCCACAACGGACGGAAGGAAGAAAGCACUGCCUCCCAAUUGGAAGGCGAAGGGUCGCAUCAUGUUCGUCUAUAACGAUGGUUCUACCAUCGAAUUAGAUGACGACUUCGAGGAGGGAGUAGGUACAGAGGCGGGCAGCGUAGAGGCUUUAGGGGGUGGAUCAGUCGCUGCCUCAGUGCAGAAAGGCAAGGCGACCGGUAGACGCCGUGGAGGCUCCCGGUCUAGGAGUCAAGUUGACACCAAUGCUCUACCAUGGGAGAAAGGGGGUCUUACAGAGGACGUGUCGAGGGACCGGUACACCAGGCAGGCGUGUAUUCGUUGUGGUCAAUAUGGCCAUAACCAGUUCAAAUGCCACAAUAAGAAGGCGACGAAAAAUAUCCCGCCUACGAUGGGGCAGGCGUUGGGAUCCUCCGCUCCCGUAGGUAGCAAUGUUGCCAGUAGUUAUGGAACUGCUCCGGGUAACACGUACGGUUUGUACGAGUUUGUGGUGAUGCCUUUCGGCCUUUGCAAUGCUCCUGGCACCUUUCAUCACGCUAUGAACCGGAUCUUCCAUGACUACUUGGAUAAUUUUGUCAUCGUGUACCUCGAUGACAUACUUAUUUUCAGUAGGACUGUCGAGGAGCACGUUGGCCAUUUAGACAAAGUCCUUAGCCUCCUUCGACAACACCGGUUCAAGAUCAACAGGGAGAAGUGUGAGUUUGGCCGCACCCGGAUCUUGUACUUGGGUCAUGAGAUUUCUGCGGAGGGAUUGAAGCCCGAUGACGCGAAGGUGGCCAGCAUUCGUGACUGGCCGCGUCCUCAGUCUGUGACUGAGAUGAGGUCCUUCUUGGUGAUGACCGGCUACUAUCGUAAUUUUGUCAAGAACUAUAGCAUAGUGGCCACCCCAUUGACGGACCUGACACGCCUUGACACCCCUUGGGAGUGGACAAACAAGUUUGAGGCUGCUUUCAGAUAUCUGAAGCAUGCCCUCACUCACCAUGAGGUCUUGAAACUGCCCGAUCCUGACAAGCCAUUUCUUGUGACCACGGAUGCCAGUCAAUAUGGCAUUGGUGCCAUACUUGCGCACCAGGAGGGGAAAAACUUAAGGCCGGUAGAGUACAUGUCCAAAAAGAUGCCCUCUCAAAAGCUGGCCAAGUCCACUUAUGAGAAGGAACUCUACAUGAUUUACAAAGCGUUGACUCACUGGAGGCACUACCUCCUUGGUCGCGUCUUCUACGUCAGGCCCGGUGAGAGCCUGUCUAUGGAUUUCAUGGACACGCUGGUCACCAGCAAGAGCGGCAUGAGAUAUGUCUAUGUCAUUGUGGAUAGGUUUAGUAAGUAUGCCAGAUUAGUUGCAAUGCCUGCUGCAGCUAAGACCGAGUAUGUAAUCAAGCUGUUCAAAGAGAACUGGGUCAGAGAUUUUGGACUUCCAAAGUCUAUUGUGAGUGACAGGGACGUCCGAUUCACCAGUGAGUUGUGGAAGACUGCAGCUGCAGAACAGGGAACACAGCUGCAGAUGACUUCUGGGAACCACCCAGAGGCAAACGGGCCAGCAGAGCAGCUGAAUCGCGCUGUUCAACACCUGCUGAGGCAUUACAUCAAGCCUAAUAAGGUGGACUGGGAUGAGAAACUUGCUCUCAUCGCCAGUCUCUAUAACAACGUCGUGCACAGCGCAACAGGGGUGAGCCCCAACAGCCUGCUACUGACUUUUAAACCUAGACUGCCAUUAGAUUUUCUCUUACCUGAGGAUCAGUCUGCUGCUGCACCAGGCACUCUAGAAUCUGCUUAUCGAUAUGAGUACCCAAUGCAGCAAGCUGUAGAACAGAUGCACAAGGCACAGGCGGCGAUGAUCGAGUCUAAGAACAAACACCGCCGCCCAUCUACAUUUCAGGUAGGGGACAGGGUCUGGGUCAAAUCCUCAGAACUGGGACAAGAGCAAGGGAUCUCCCGCAAGCUCAUGCCACAGUACUUUGGACCAUGGGAGGUUCUCGAUAUUGUCGGGGGUGAUCUGGAUGGGCCGUCAUAUGUAAUUCGUCACCUUCGCACUUACCCUGUCUUUCACGCCUCCAAACUUGCACCUUUCAAGGAAACUGACCAGUUUCCCUCUCGUCGCUCAAUGUUGCCCUCAACCAUGGAUGGGGAGGUUGACAUCGAUGACAUCGUGGACCACAGGGAAAUGCCAGUUGCAAGACCAACAGGCAGGGAACGUCCUCCUAAGCCGAAGCUGCAGUAUCGCGUUCGGUUCAGACAUCACAUUGAUCCUAAGGAGGACAGAUGGUUUACCAGGGAGGAACUGAUGCAGACCGCUCCACAGGUUGUCGCUGACUACGAGAAGUCACUGCAGAAAGGAAAGCGCCAGAUUGAGUAAUGGGACUUCUCACAGGACUGUCGAAGUGUGGAGGAAGGAAUGCGAGGCUCAAGGCCUCGA